AUGCCGGCGUCGGCUUCAGUUCACGGGCAAUUGGGUCAUGCGUUUCGGACAGGUUGCGAUUACACGGAGCUCAAUCUCUACAAGAAGGGCGACACGCCGUCGAAUGACAACUCGGGAGACGCUGAGAAGAAUGCGGAGAUUGAAAAAUUGAAAGCCGAGUUGGAGGCGUCGGAGCGCAAAAUCGCUGAGGCCGAUGAGAAGCUCAUGAGAUCGAGCAUGCUAGAAACUCGCAUGUCGUCGUUGUCGAAGAAAUUGACCGACAUCACUGAAGAGCGCGAUAGUUUGAUGCAAAUUAACAUGAAGUUGUCACGUGAGAAUGAACGCCUUAUUCGUGCUUCCUCAACCACUGCGACGGAUGUUGAGUCGAAAUCGUCGACGCCGGCGCAAUCUGGUGUUGUUUCGCGAUCGGGUGCUGCUCCACAGCAAAAGCAGGCCGGAGCCUCACCGUUUGCGACAGCGAAUCCGCUUGCUUCUUCAACUCCGAAAAUCACUACGACUGAGAAUCUGAUUGGAUCGAGCAGUGCUCGUGCAGCUACUUCGAACGUUGUGCCACCAGCGCCAUCGAAUCAGUCGCAACAGCAGCAGCAGCAACAACUUCAACAACCGCCGCCACAGCAACAGCAGCAGCAGAAACAACAGCAACAACAACAACAAUCUGCUCCGUCGGGUUUUCCGACAGUUCCCAAUGAGCCGAUGGAUAUGAUUCCGCCGGUUCCGUCGGAUUCGAUUCCGGAUCCCACUCCUCCAACAUCGUCGUCAAACUUUGGAUCAUCGACGAACACUCUACCGGUGCCGUCGGCGUUCCAGUCAACUACCGCUCGCGUUCCCACACAGUCUCUGUUCGCAUCAAGCUCUUCGAGCUCCGCUGUCAAAGAUUCAAGUGCCAACAAUUUGGAACUAUCAAAAAAGACCGUUUUGCCGAACAUUGAUGUUCAAAAGACGCCACAGGUGACCUACUCGUUCGCCACCUCAACUGGAAUUGCCCAGGGGCAAUCGUUGUUUGGAAGGUCGGCCAAACAGCAAGUUCAGAUAUCAGCAGCGUCGACGCCGGCAUCGAGCGAAAAUUUGGCGCUUCCGGAAGAAAGUGUUGUCGAAGCUGCCGGACAGAGCAGCCAUGUUAGCGGAAGUCACGAUGGAGGACCAAAGGAAUCGGAUAUGACUGGAAACGCUUCAGAUGGGGAAUCGCGCGAUAGCAGCGCUGUCGGCGGAGUGUCGAGCUCGGAUGGACGUGGAAAGAAGCGAACUGCCGAUGGAUCUGGAUGCGAUCCGAAGCGUCUUCGUGAAAGUCCGAGUGAGGCGGUCACCAGCAGCGAGAAUCAAUCGCGUGCUAACAUUGCCGAGAUCCCAGAGCUCGAUGAAGAAGAAGAAAAUGAUCUCGGAUUGGAGCAAGAUAUAAGCGAUGAGGAUCCGAAUGAGACUAUUCGUCAGCGUGAGCUUGUCCCUCUCGACAAUGAUGAGGAGGUUCUCGAGGAAGAUAUUGACGAGCAAGAAGAUGAUGAGAGCUUUGGAAAUGACGAAGAUUAUCAGGAGCAGAGCGAUGAUCAGGAGGAUACAAUGGACGAGCCGGAACGCCCGGAAAACGGACAGGACCCAUCGCUUGAUGAUCAGGAUCGUGAGGCCGCUUCGGCUAUGGAAGAGGCGGAAGAUGAGGGUCGUGACCCACUUGGAUCGUCUGAUGAGCCAGCAGCGCCCGCCGAUCCGACUGGCGCCGCGGGCGUCGGAAGCAGCGGCGAAUCGCAACAAGAUGUUCCGAGGGUUCGAAUGCCGACCGGAAUGGUUGAGCGCGAUGAUCAGUGCUCGAGCAGCAAUGAAACUGCAGAAGGACCGAGCGGAUCGGGACAGCGAGCGUUGUCGGGUCGAAACCAGGCGAGACUCAAUCGUCCGCAGCGCGGCAAACCGCCAUCGCGGGGCAUCUAUGUGCCGCGGCGACGUGGUGACAGCUAA